AAUAAUUAAUAUUAUGUAAUAUUUUGACACUUCUAAUAUAUCUGUAGAAAAAACAACAACACAGCAAUGAAACUUCGAGACUAUAGUGUUCAUGUUAUUUUUGCUACAUGGAUUUUAUUGUAUGAAGAUUCUGCCGGACAAGAUUGCCCUUCUUAUAAAUCAACAGUGGUGAAAGUUUGUCAUGAUGACUGGGCUUCUGAUGCAAGAACUGUUUACCUGGACACAAGCUCAGCCCCUACAUACUGCAAGGCAGCAUGCCCGUGUUCCGUGUCUUCUGAAUAUCACAGGUCAAUCACAGUUUCAUUUACACCGGGCUCCAACACAGAGACGGUAUCGUUUGACUUUCGCACCGCUAAUAUAACUGGCCUCAGUCCAAAUGGAUUAUUUGCCAUUGAUGAGAGGCUUGAAUUUUGGUACAGGAGCUCCAAUGACCACAGAACACUACCUGCAUGCCUCAAAAUAUCAGUAAAUGGUGGAGGGGGUGUACAUGAUCUAAACCUCAGAAAGACUCCGGUGAUACGGAGAAGCUUCUAUCUUUCUAAGAUCAUGAUGUGAUCAAAUUUCAAUAAUUGCAUUAGAAGUUUCGUGGUAUCAUUAAUACUUUGAAAAUUACAGGGACAAGCCCAGAAGUCAAACAUUCAAAAUUAAACCCUGUCCAGAAACACAAGGCACGGGUGAACAAAAGACA